AUGGCCGACCGCUCGAAUCGCCCAAGACCUCCCAAGCUCCAGCACUCUGGCAGCCUGGACAAGGUUGACGCCGGCUUGGUCCGUCAAGGCUCAAGGGAUGCAACACCCAUUGCCUUGGCUGCCUUUGGUCUGCUGAAUCCACCAGACUCUCACCCCUCCACUCCAAUUGGUUCAAUUGGCGCUCCUGAUUUGAAGAAGCCUCUUGCUCUGGACGAUGAAAGUGCUGUGGUUCUGGAGGCAUCGGAGACGUGGUACACUUGGUUCCAGCGCCUUCUUGCGUUCACAGGUCCUGGCUGGCUGAUGAGCAUUGCAUACGUCGACCCAGGGAACCUUGAGGCCGACCUUCAGGUAGGUGCCCUGUUCGGCUACAGUUUACUAUGGGCUCUGACGGCUUCGACGGCGAUGGGUUUAGGGAUGCAGCUAGUGGCGGCCCGGCUUGGCUGUGCAACGCGGAGGCAUCUGGCGGAGCACUGCCGGGAUCACUUCCAAUUCCCUUUGCGGCAGAUCCUGUGGGGGCUUACAGAGCUGGCAAUCAUCGGCUCAGACAUCCAGGAGGUCAUCGGCUGCUCCAUCGGUCUAGAGCUCCUUGUGGGCAUCCCGCUGACGGUGGGAGUGUUGACGACGGCUUUCGCAGCUUUCAUCUUCCUGUUCUUGGAACGCCUGGGGACGAGACCACUAGAGCUUUUCUUUGGCAUUCUGAUUUUGAUACUGGCUCUGUCCAUGGGGCGUUUAUAUGCGACUAUCGGCCCUGACAACAUGGCAGUGGCACAAGGUCUGUUGGUUCCCUGCUUGCCACCUUCAGCAAUGCAGCAGGUCGUUGGCAUGGUUGGCUGUGUCAUCAUGCCACACAACUUGUUCCUGCACUCUGCCCUUGUACAAAGUCGCGUUGUGCAGUCUGGUGGGGAGGCAGAAGCCAUCGGCCUAUUCACAAUCGAGUCAGCAGCUGCCAUUUUCACUUCACUGAUGAUAAACACCUUCGUUGUUGCAGUGUUUGCAAAAGGUUUCUUCAACAAGCCAGGCAUUGAUGGGAUUGGCUUGGCAAACGCCGGUCAGUAUUUGGGAGAGGCUUUUGGUCAACCCAUGAAGAUUGUGUGGGCCUUGGGCCUCUGUGCGGCCGGCCAGUCCAGCACAAUGACUGGUGCCUAUGCUGGCCAGUGGGUGAUGCAGGGGUACCUGGAUUUGAAAGUCGCUCCAUGGAAGCGGGCCAUCAUCACCCGCUCUAUGGCUCUGAUCCCUUGCCUCUCUGUUGCUGUCUAUUUUGGAGGGCAGCGAGAUGGCUUGGACAUUCUCAACACAUAUUUGAACGUGUUGCAGAGUGUAGUGCUUCCUUUUGCGGCCGUACCCCUGCUCACAUUUGCAGGGUCAAAACGCAUAAUGGACCAUUUGGUCUUGUCCACUACGUCACUGGUUGCGGCAUGGCUUGCUACGUCUCUGUGUGUUUGUGCCAAUAUGUAUCUGGCUGUACAGCAGUUUGCAGGUUAUGGUAUGGCACGUGUGCAAGUCGGUUGUUCUCUGUAUAUACUUGCAAUUCUAUAUGUGGCCUGGAAGGGCCACCAAGCCGUGAACUAG